AAAAGAUUUAAUUUAUUUUGAAUUAUUCAAGAAGAUGACAUUCAUAGUAAAAACCAGGAAGGUACUCUUAAACAAAGUUUUGAACAGAAGACAAUUAAGUGUCGAAUUACUCCAUCCAAAUAAGCCAACUCCCUCAUAGGAAUCAGUUGUUAAGGAAUUAGCAAGCAAAUACAAGGCAGACGAAAGAAAUGUUGUCGUGUAUGGUCUUAGAACAACAUUCGGAGGAAAUAGAACAACUGGAUUUGCUUUGAUCUACGAUACAUAAUAAUAUCUUCUCAAAUUCGAACCAAAAUUCAGAUUGAGAAGAAGAGGCAUCAUUCCAAAGAGAGACGGUAGCAGAAAGGGAUGGAAGGAAGUCAAGUCUAAGUUAAAGAAAACCAGAGGCGCUGAAAAAACAAAGAUUUACAUGUCUAGAAAGACAGACAAGAGAGAAGUCAUCAGAGCUUAAAAGGAAACUUACCUUAAAGGUUUUGUUGGAAAAUGAGUGCAUUUAUACCACAUUUAAUAGUACAUUAUAAAUAAUAUAAAUAUUUUAUAUUGUUA